AUGGUGAACAAAUCAAUAACCAGUUUCCAAGCUUCAACUUCAAUCAAUAAUAAUGAUAAUGUUGAAGUAGUCGAAACGUACAGAAUCCAUAAUAAUGACUCGGAAACACUUUCUUCAACUUGUAAAAGAAGGAAAGUAGUCAAGGAAGAACAACAGAGGAAUUGGUGUAAGAAAUGUGUGUCUAAGGAACCACGGGUUUCUUGCAUAUCCAAAUGGUAUCCCGAUGCUUCUAUUUUGGAUGAAGAGAUCGCCGAGACUUGUCCUGUUUGUUGCCAUAAGUGCAGUUCCCAAGCAUGCUUACCUGGAUGUUCACCUAAAGAUAUAAAGGGGUAUUCUUGUUCUGAACAUGAUAAAGUGAAUUACGCUAAACACAUUUUCCAAAAAGUUUUCCCGCUUGUGACAAGUCUCAAUAACGAGCAACUAAUGGAGAAGGAAAUAGAGGCUAAGGUUAAAGGAAUCUCAAUAUCAGAGCUACAAUUGGAUGUUAUUGAGUGUGAUGUGGGUGAAGAUAUAUUUUGCGACAACUGUGGAACAUAUAUCUUUGAUUUGUAUAGAAGAUGUGCAUGUGGGUAUGAGCUAUGCCUUUCAUGUUGCCGGGAUUUGCGUGAUAAGGUUAUUAUGACUAGUGGAUGGAAAGCCUGCAUAGAUGGUAGUAUUCCUUGCCCCCCAAAAGAUGUUGGUGGUUGUGAUGAUGGGAUUCUGGAGUUGAAGCAUAUAAUGCCGGUUGAUUGGGUCGCAAAUAUGGUAGAGGAAGCACAAGGAGUAUGCACAAGUUUUGAUAUUCCCCAAACUUCUUUCAAAGGUUGCAAUUGUAAUGACAUAGGCGAUGAAGCAUGUACUGCAAGUUCUUUGUAUACAUUGAGUUCUGAAGGCAUUGAGCCUGAAGAUAUGCAGCAUUUCCAGUUGCAUUGGUCACAAGGAGAGCCAAUAAUUGUGGGUGAUGUGCUAUCAACUUCCUCGAGGCUAAAUUGGGAGCCAAUGGUGUUGUGGCGUGCAUUUCAUCAUAUCAAAAGAAGCCGUAACCAUACCCAUUCACAUGCUUAUGAUGUCAAAGCAAUCAUAUGCUCAGAUUGGAGUGAGGUGACAAUUGAUUUGUACAAAUUUUUUCGGGGAUACUUAGAAGAGUGCCCCUUGCUUAUGAAGUUGGAAGACUGGCUACCAUCUUGCGUAUCUGAAGAAGAAUGGCCACAUCAUUUUGUUGAGUUUGUGAAAUGCUUGCCAUUCAAAGAUUACACACACCCUCAUGAUGGCUACCUCAAUGUUCUUAACAAGUUACCUGAUCUAUCAUUGAAACCAAACAUGGGUCCAAGGAUGGAUAUCACUUACAGAGGCUCUGUUAUUAAGAUUCGCUGCGAUAAGUCUGAUACCGUGAAUGUACUAACACAUACAUCAUCAACAAAGCGUAACAAGACAAAAGAACAUGAAGGUUUAGUUUGCGAGGAGGGCAUGCAAAGAAACAAGGAUGGGCAAUUUUUGGAUGACCAGGUGGAGGAAGGUGCUCUGUGGGAUAUAUACCGGAGACAAGAUACAGCUAUUUUAGAGGAAUAUAUUAGGAAGCAUUCAGAGAAGCCGAUUGUUCACCCUAUACAUGACCGGAAUUUUUACCUUGAUAUUGAACAUAAAAGGAAGCUCAAAGAGGAGUUUGGGAUCGAACCAUGGAGUAUCAAACAAAAGCUGGGUGAUGCUAUUUUUAUACCAGCUGGUUGUGCAUAUCAAGUUAAAAACUUGAAGUCAAAUACGAAGGUUGAAUUCAACUUUCUUUCACCUGAAAGUCUUGAAGAAUGCAUCCUCUUACAACAGAAAUUCCGUAUGCUUCCCACUGAUCACAGAGCCAAACAAGAAGUGCUAAAUAUUGGAAAAACAAUUAUCUAUGCACUAGACCAUGCUAUGGCGGAUUUGGCAAAGGUGAUACAUUCCAAUGAGAUUCAAUUUAUCAAGGGUUCUGAGAUCUCAAAUGUUGAUGAUGCGGAUAUUAAUGAUCACGCCGGUCGGGUCUAUGAAUCUGACAGCGUCGAAGAGUCUGGUACUCCAAUGCCUGAGGAGAAGGCAUCAGAAACUCCUCUUGAAGUUGUAGGAGUGUGGAAAGGUCAUGCAGUUGGUCUGAAGGCAAAAGAGCUACUGCAGGAUGUCGAGUGCCACUAUCCCACCACAUUUCGGGGGGUCUUCUUUUGUUCAGAAGAGUUCAUUGUGGCUAUUUUGCAGCAGUUCUCUGUGUUCAUAAAACGUUUCAGGGAAAUAUCUAUGGAUACACUCUCAUUGGAUCAGAUGACUACCCUUAAGGAGGAACUCGAUGAUUUUGAGAAGGCUGGAUUUGACCUUUCGUGGGCCCAUCAGCAGUUAAACAUGGCGGAUAUGUCCAAGUUUGAAGAUGACUCUUUGCAGAAAAAGGUCAAGGCCAUAGAAGAAUCUCUUGAACCACUUAAGGCGAGGCUUGUUGAGAAAAUGGUAAUUUUAACAAAAUCUGCUAAGAUGUUGGAAAAAGCUCAGUUUGAUUAUGAUAAAGCUGUAAAUAAUCAAAACAGAAAGGCACUAAAAAUGGAAAACAAGUUUGGAGCUGAUUAUGAUCGUGUAUUGAAUGGCCAACUUGGUUUAGGUCUACUGCCCCGGUACAAGAUAAUUUAAAAAUCAAGGCUUGUCUUUUUCCUAAAAGAACCUGUGUUAAAAAAAUUAGACUUGAAAUAGGAGUAAUUGUAGUUCAUCACCUCUUUGUAUAAGUAUAUACCGUGUUUUAGUAGAUGCUACCUUUUUGGUCAAAUUUGAUUGUAAGUGAAAUGGUAUUAAGUUGGUAUGUACAUAUGUUUCAUAGGGAAA